AUGUCCUUGCAAGCAGCGGCCCACAAUGCGGGUUUACCCAUCAAUUGUCUUCCGCCAGAACUUCUCAUGAUUAUCCUCUACGAUGCUCGGCGGUGCCUUGAGGACAUCCGCCUCGCCCACGUCUGCCAUCAAUGGCGCACACUCUUACUCGCCAUGCCCGAGUUCUGGGCCUCCAUGUUCAAGCAUCUCCAGGUCUCAUUCUACCUCGGAGACGGCGAGCGAGUGCGAUAUUUCCUCGGGCUAUCAUCGCCGCACACUCUCAAAAUGGAUGUGUACAUGGGGCAGUUCGCGGUCGAACUUCUCGCCCCCCACGCGUCGCGUAUAGUGCAACUCUCGGUUCGGCUCAUAUCCGCAGACUCUAUACACUAUUUCGAUACGGUCCUCAGCGCGGGUCUACCCAACCUCACCAAAUUCCGUUACCACUCAGAGAGCAUUAUCUAUGGCGCCUGGCGGCCGUCGCGUCCUUUCACUGACUGCUCGCUCCCAGCACUCCGCCAAGUGCACAUCCCGGCCAUAUUCCCUCUUGCUAAUUGGGUGACGCCAACGGUGGAGGAAAUCACCUUGCAGGGUUACUCGAGCGACAUGCGGGACCUCAUCAAAGCGCUCGAGCUCUACCCGUCUGUGAAGUCCCUGACAUUUUUGCCCGACACCCAUACUUCGCAACACAUACCUCCUUUUGCACCAGUGGCCGGGUACACCGAGCGUCCGCUCGGGGGAGAACUGCGCAGCCUCCACCGCUUAUAUCUGGCUGGUUCCGUGCCCAGCAUAAUAGACUUGCUGGCGCAGCUCAACGUACCCCCGUCGGUGCACCUUCAGCUGCGGUGCGACGACGUCGGUGCCGUCAUUGCUGCUCCCGGGACUGUCCUCUCGCGGCACAUCUUCCCGGCGCUCGCGCGCCUGUACCUUGGGCGCACCCACCGAAGUGGCGUCGUGCGGCUGCUUGGGUACGCGCGCUCGGAUGGGCAAGACGAGUUCACCGAACGCCUCAACGUCGCGAUUCCGCGCGACUGGACGGCGGAGAACGCACUCGCGGAGCUCCUGCGCCCGUUUGCAGCCUCGGGGGCGACCGCGCUCGCGAUCGAUCUCCCGCGUCUUCCGCCCCUCCUGGAGGCGAGCGUGUGGGGCCAGCCUUCUGGGGUGGGCGCGGACUCGGACAACGUGUUCUUGUUGCCUCGCGCUUUGAACCGGAUGGAGUUGCUUGGGGGCACCCCCGGCGCGGUGAAGGUGCGCUUCGCGCGGGGGUUUAUUCGGAACACAUCCUUGGGAGCAUCUGCGGCGCUUACACUCUGUUGGGUGCUCGACGUCGCGCGCGAACGGGCGUUGGAGGAGCGGGCGCGAGAGGAGCUGGAGAGGCUGCAACAGCUACUCGAGGAAAUCGACGCGGUGGGGCGACGGCUGGGUCGGCUGGAGCUGUACGGCACGCUGCAAAGCUGGGUCGUUGCUACUCGAGCUAGCGAGGUGAGCACAUAUGCUCGGCGCUGUACGGAGGUUGCUGGGUCUUUCCUACCCCGUUUUGAAGAGUUGGUCGAUACGGUGGUGCUGGUGUAG